AUGGCCUUCAGAAGCUUCCUGAAGAAGAGCAGCUCUUCUUCGGGCAGCAGGAUGACAAUUCCGUCGGACCAGGCGCCGCCGAAGGUGGUCAUAGGCCAGCAAACCGACUCAGGCCGGUUCGCUGGUUACUCCCACGACGACCUCAACAGCUUCGAUCCGAGCAGCGCCGAGUACCAGGUGUACCAUGUGCAGAUUCCGAUGACCCCCGACAACCGGUCGGUGACCGCCGGCGGCCGCUCUGCCGACCUGGUGGACCCCGCCAUCUCUGCCCGGGUGGAGGAGCACUAUAUCUCCAAUUCACUCUUCACCGGUGGCUUCAACGUCGUCACUCAGGCCCACCUCAUGGACAGAGUCACCGACCCUGCCGCUGCCGCCGACCAUAAUAAUAAGAAUUCGUCGACGUGCUCCAUCCGAGGGUGCGACUCCAAGGUCUACAAGAACCAGCACGGCGACGACGUGCUGCCUUGCGACUGCAGCUUUAAGAUUUGCGCGGAGUGCUUCGCUGACGCCGUGAAGACCGGUGGCGGGCUCUGCCCCGGGUGCAAGGAGCAGUACAAAACGACCGAGUGGAAAGAGGUGGUGGCAGGCGCAAACAAUGACCACGACGACGAGGAUGAGGAGCAGACACUCUCACUGCCGCCGCCGCCGCCAAUGGGGCCUGCGGGGAAGCUGGAGAGGCGGCUGUCGCUGAUGAGGCCAGUGAGUCAGGGCAGGAAGGGGGACCAGUUUGAUCAGAAUAGGUGGCUGUUUGAGACGAAUGGGACGUACGGAUACGGCAAUGCAAUAUGGCCUGAUGAUGGUGGUGAAGCUGUUGCAGACGAUGAUGAUGAUGAUGAGAAUGGCGGCGACGGUGGUGGUGGUGGUGGUGGUGGUGGGCAUCGGAAUGGAGGCCAUGGUGAUCCCAAGGAGCUCUUCAACAAGCCGUGGAGGCCUCUUACUCGCAAAUUGAAGAUCCCUGCUGCAGUUCUCAGCCCAUAUAGGCUCCUUAUCUUGGUCCGGCUCGUCGCGUUAGCCCUGUUCCUGCAAUGGAGAAUCAGACACAAGAACAGAGAUGCAGUAUGGCUGUGGGGCAUGUCCAUCGUUUGCGAGCUAUGGUUCUCGUUCUCCUGGCUUCUCGACCAGCUCCCGAAACUCUGCCCCAUCAACCGCGCCGCCGACCUCUCCGUACUAAGAGAGAAGUUCGAGACGCCAACCCCCAACAACCCCGCCGGGAAAUCAGAUCUCCCCGGCAUCGACGUUUUCGUCUCCACUGCCGACCCUGAGAAAGAACCCGUGCUCGUCACGGCAAACACAAUUCUAUCGAUUCUGGCGGCUGAUUACCCGGUCGAGAAGCUCACUUGCUACGUGUCGGACGACGGCGGGGCCCUUCUGACGUUCGAGGCCAUGGCAGAAGCCGCGAGCUUUGCCAACUUGUGGGUUCCUUUCUGCCGAAAGCACAACAUCGAGCCGAGGAAUCCCGAGAGCUACUUCAACCUGAAGAGGGACCCGUACAGGAAGAAGGUGGGAGCCGACUUUGUGAGGGACAGGAGACGGAUGAAGCGAGAGUACGACGAGUUCAAGGUCCGGAUCAAUGGACUCCUCGAUACGAUUCGCCGCCGCUCGGAGAUGUACAAUGCGCGCGAGGAGAUUCAGGCUGCUGGACAGCAAAGGGAGAGGGUUGGAGACGAGCCGAUCGAACCGAUGAAGACACCAAAGGCGACGUGGAUGGCCGACGGCACGCACUGGCCGGGCACUUGGAUUCAGCAGUCGAAAGACCAUUCCCGCGGCGAUCAUGCGGGGAUCAUACAGGUGAUGCUGAGGCCUCCGAGUGACCUGCCGACGAAAGGCGGGGGCGACGACGAGAAGCCUAUGAUCGACUUCAAGGAUGUCGACGUCCGCCUGCCGAUGCUGGUCUACGUGUCCCGCGAGAAGCGGCCGGGCUACGACCACAACAAGAAGGCGGGGGCGAUGAACGCCCUGGUCCGCGCGUCCGCCGUCAUGUCCAACGGCCCGUUCAUCCUCAACCUCGACUGCGACCACUACGUGUACAACUCCAAGGCGUUCCGCGAGGGCAUGUGCUUCAUGAUGGACCGCGGCGGGGACCGCAUCUGCUACGUCCAGUUCCCGCAGCGGUUCGAGGGGAUCGACCCCUCGGACCGCUACGCCAACCACAACACCGUCUUCUUCGACGUCAACAUGCGCGCCCUCGACGGCCUUCAGGGCCCCGUCUACGUGGGAACCGGCUGCCUCUUUCGCCGCACCGCCCUCUACGGCUUCGACCCUCCGCGCGCCAAAGAGUACUACCCUACUAAAAAGCGCAAGGUCCGCCGCGUCGGCUCGGAAGAGACUCGGGCUCUCCGGGCGACCGACUUGGACGACGGCGGCGGCGCGAUGAACCUGGCGGCCUUUCCUAGAAGGUUCGGGGAGUCGAGCUUCCUGAUCGAGUCGAUCCCGGUGGCGGAGUUCCAAGGGCGGCCCCUGGGGGACCACCCGUCGGUGAAGAACGGGCGGGCGCCGGGCGCUCUGCUGGUCCCGCGGCGGGGCCUGGACGCGACGGUGGUGGCGGAGGGCAUCAGCGUGGUGUCGUGCUGGUACGAGGAGCAGACGGAGUGGGGGCGGCGGGUGGGGUGGAUCUACGGGUCGGUGACGGAGGACGUGGUGACCGGGUACCGGAUGCACAACAGGGGGUGGAGGUCGGUGUACUGCGUGACCCCGGGGCGCGACGCGUUCCGCGGGACGGCGCCCAUCAACCUGACCGACCGGCUGCAGCAGGUGCUCCGGUGGGCGACGGGGUCCGUGGAGAUCUUCUUCUCGCGGAACAACGCGCUCCUCGCGCGGCCCAGGAUGAAGGUGCUGCAGCGGAUCGCGUACCUGAACGUCGGCAUCUACCCCUUCACCUCCGCGUUCCUCAUCGCCUACUGCUUCCUCCCGGCGCUCUCGCUCCUCUCGGGGCAGUUCAUCGUGCAGACGCUCGACGUCGCCUUCCUCGCCUACCUCCUCGCCAUCACCGUGACGCUCUUCCUCCUCGCGGCGCUCGAGAUCAGGUGGGCGGGGAUCGGGCUCGAGGAGUGGUGGCGGAACGAGCAGUUCUGGCUCAUCGGGGGGACGAGCGCGCACCUCGCGGCGGUGCUGCAGGGGCUGCUGAAGAUCGUCGCCGGGGUGGAGAUCUCGUUUACGCUCACCUCCAAGUCGGCCGGCGAGGAGGGGGACGACGAGUUCGCGGACCUGCACGCGGUGAAGUGGACGUCGCUGAUGGUGCCGCCGAUCACGAUCAUCAUGGUGAACGUGAUGGCGAUCGCGGUGGGGGUGAUCCGCACGGUGAACAGCGUGAUCCCGCAGUGGAGCCAGCUGCUGGGCGGGGUGUUCUUCAGCCUCUGGGUGCUGGCGCACCUCUACCCCUUCGCCAAGGGCCUCAUGGGGAGGAGGGGCAGGACGCCCACCGUCGUCUACAUCUGGUCCGGCCUCCUCGCCACCUCCGUCUCGCUCAUUCUCGUUCUCGUCAGGUCCCCCUCCGCCAAUCACUUCACCUUCCCUUGAUUCGACACCAUCGUCUAAGUUCUUUGUUCUUUGCAGAGGGAUAAUUUGCGUGCUUAAUGAAGUUGAACUAAAUACAUUCUUUUACCUGCUGGUUGAAACGGCCAUUGCUUCACAUUUGUUCUUUGUUCUUUGUUACAUAAAACCUACUUACAACAAUUUUCUCUUAUUUCUUUGGCUCGGUUCGGAGGCCCUAGCUGCUUUCAAUUUGUAAGCUAAAUUUAUUUUGCUUGAUGAAUGAAGUAGGUAGCUUGCUACCUAUUUCUCAAAAAAAAACAAUUUUCAUCCGUAAACGAAUGUCAUCCAAAACAAGUUACACUAAUGUCGCCCAAAAUAGAUUUUUUUUUUUUUCUUUCAUUCCUCUGUUAAUUUUGGCAUCGCAGAUAGUUGGCAAAUUUGUUAUUAAUCAGUCAUCUGAAUUGAAAGAUGGUUAACAACUAAUAUAUUUUUAUUAAUAAAUUACUAAUAAUACUUUUUUAAAUAUAAAAAGUAGAGUACUUUCUACACUAUUGUUACUGUCUAAAGAUUUAUAAUGAAUUCAGUACUUCACCGGCACCUUUUACAACAAUUUAAUUUUAAAAUGAUUUUUAAAAAAUAUAAAAAAUUUAUGAAAAUAUUAUAAAUUUUGAACAAGUCGAUCUUAAUC